AUGUAUCACAACCUGAACGCCACGGUGUGGAAAGCACUGCAGGACAGAGAGGAUGGUACAAAGAUAUUCGAGUCAGCGGCAAUGGCAUUCAUAAUGGUGCAAGGCAUCGUGGGUAAUUGUUUAGUGAUAACGGUCACGUGUUGUAAUUCUAAAUUACACACAAUAGCGAACUACUUGAUUCUAAACUUAGCAGUUUCAGACAUGUUGAUGGUAUGUAUUGAUAUGCCUAUAUCGCUGUACGCAUUGACUGUAAGUGACUGGACAUUCGGCCUCGUCGUCUGUUAUUUCCACAGUUUCACUAUAUUCUGGUUUGGGAUUGUGUGCUUAUUCACACUAGCCAUCAUCAGCUUAAACAGGUAUUACUACAUCUGUAAAUUCAGCAACUACAGCAAAAUAUUCAACCACAACACAGUGAAGGUGAUUAUUGGAAUAGUGUGGUUCGUAUCUGCUGUGAUAUCCGCCAUGUGCCUGGUACCUCAAUGGUCAAACGUGGAAUAUUCACCAGGCCACAGCAGCUGCAUGCCCAACUUUAAAUCGUCAUCUGUUAUAUUCUGUAUCAUCUUAUUGGUUGUUGCUAUCCUGAUCCCGAACUGUACCUAUGCUUGUCUCCUAUCUACGCAUCUUUCUCACAGUUCACAAGAGCAAGAGGAAUGUGAAUAA